UUUUCGUCUGCUCGUUAUUGCUGUUUUCGCAUUACUGCAGACAGUGAACGGACAAAUCCAGUUGUUGGCUUAUGGUGUCGUAGCUGAGCUCCGAAAUAAGAAACGAGAAAGGGCUACAUUUCUAUUAAAGGACGAACAAGAAGUGGAACUAUCUGGCAGUUCUGGAGACUCGAGAGAUGGAAUGUAAAUCUGAAGAAGUGACCUCCAAAGAGGAGAGUAAUGACAAGUGAUGUGUGCAUUGGUGUCAAGGCCUGUAUUGCUAAUUUGGAAGUUGCUUUGCUGUGUGAUUUAUUUGCUGCUUUGGUUCUGUGCUACAGUGUGGACCUUUAAGAGCAGCAGCACCCAAAACCAAUAAGCAGCUCAACAAACAGCUAAUAACCAAUCGCAUUUGCAUAUCAGAAUAAAGAAAACUGCUAACGCUGAAUGUGAUUGGUUGGUCUAUUUUGCCUAAAGUAGCUUAACAAAGCACUGGAAAGCUGAAGAUCGGUGAGCCGAGAGACUGCCUGACCCAGUAACAGUUGUGCCUGGUGCAGAACAAGUAGGGUGUCAACUUCAAAAGCCAAAGGGCCAGGCCUGGCACCACUUUCUACAAACGUCACUCUGUGGCUGAUGACCUGAAGUGUUGGCUGUUCUCAUUAAAGACACAUUUAUUGAGUAGCCUUUGUGAAAUAUUCAUUCUGUGAGGAAGAGUUGGGGUAGGGCACCAAGUGAAAACCAUUUAUCAGGAAGGCUGGGACAUUAAGGUGCAAGUGCCUGGUGCUGCUGUACAGGAGUCUUCUUUCCAAGUAUACCAUGGAGAGCAAAAAACCAGUGAAGAUUAAGGAGGAAGACUGCGAAUGGGAAUCUGUGCAAUGUCAGACAAACAUUUAUGGCAUUGAGCAAGAGAAGGGUUGUGAAUGGGAACCAGUCAUCGUUAAAGAAGAGUCUGAGCUGACAUGUGACACCACUAACCUGCAAAAAGACGAAUUUGUAAACCGGGUCAAGGCAAAAGACCUUAAAUCCGAGUCGGUCUAUCCACUUGUGUACCAACAGGAGGAAAUAACUGAGACAAGCUUCAAGAAAAGUCAACCUCACUCCCUCCAGAAUCAUUCUGUCCAGGUGAAGACUGAACCUUUCCGUUAUAAUAUGGAGGUGACUGAGAAUAUGUCCUGUUCAACGUAUUCUGGAGAAGAUUUACAAGAAAGCAGUAUCUUCUCCCCAUCUUCUUUUCCUGUGUCCUCUCUUCACCGUAGACUACAGCAAAAUGAAAGUGUGAAAAAACUGACACCUGAAUCAGAGAUGUCAUUACCAGGAUUGUUGCCAUGCAGCUUUUUGCCUGUUGUGAAAUUAACAAGAAUAGAUGCAGUCAACACUCAACAGCAGAGGCAUCAUGCAAAUUCAGCACCAGUUUAUGUCUGCCAAGAGAAGAGAAGUACUUUUAAACAACAGUCUAAAACUAAAACUAAGUGGAGUCAUACUGAGCAGAAACCAUGUUGCUGUUCUAAGCAUGGCAAAGAGUUCUGUAACAAAUGCAGUCUUCAGUUCCACUCAAAAGUUCACACAAAAGAGAAAACAUAUUGUUGCUCUGACUGUGGCAAAAGAUUUGCUUUCAAUCACUGUCUUCAGACACACAAGAGAAUUCACACUGGAGAAAAGCCAUAUUCUUGUCCUGAAUGUGGAAAACAAUUCACCUACAGUAGCCAUCUUCAGACUCAUAGAAGAAUUCACACUGGAGAAAAACCAUAUCAUUGUUCAGAAUGUGGCAAACAAUUUUCACAAAUCAGCAGUCUUCAGAUUCACAGAAGAAUUCACACAGGAGAGAAACCACAUUGUUGCCCUGACUGUGGCAAACGAUUUACUUUCAGUCGCAGUCUUUGGAUGCACAAGAGAAUUCACACUGGAGAAAAGCCAUAUUGUUGUUCUGAUUGUGGGAAGCAAUUCACCCAAAAAAGCAAUCUUCAGGCUCACAAGAGAAUUCACACUGGAGAAAAGCCAUUUCAUUGUAGUGACUGUGGCAAACAAUUCACGUUCAGUAGCCAUCUUCAGGCUCACACAAGAAUUCACACUGGAGAAAAACCAUAUUGUUGUUCUCAGUGUGGCAAACGAUUCUCCUGCAAUAGUUAUCUUCAGACCCACAGAAGAACUCACAUUUGUGAGGAGCCAUACUGCUGUUCUGAGUGUGGCAAGAAAUUCUCUGACAAAAGCAGUCUUCAGACCCACACAAGAAGUCAUGCAGGAGAGAAGACAAAUUGUUGUACUGACUGUGGCAAACAAUUCUUCAGCAGUACUCCUCUUCAAACCUUCACAAGAAUCCACACCGGACAGAAACCAUUUUAUUGUACUGACUGUGGCAAACUGAUAAUUGGAUGUGUUCUCAGUAAAGACCUUCUUACACAGUAUCCUCUUCCUUUUUGUCAUACUCUUUCCCAUUCUGGGAGAUGGUGCUGUGGGACGGCCAUUUGUCAAGUAGAAUUUAAUUAUAAGGUGCCAGCAUCCCCCGGUACAUUAAAGAGAGGAAGGAGAGAAUCUUCAUGCCACAGGAGUCUCCUUUCCAUGUACGCCAUGGAGAACAAAACAAGCUCUGUGGAUGUUAAGGAAGAAGACGGUGAAUGGGGGUCUGUGCAACAUCAGAUGAAGGUGUAUAAUGACGAAGAUGAGGAGGAUAGUAAAUGGGCUCCGGUACUUAUUAAAGAAGAGUCUGAGCCAGCAUCUGUUAUCGUAGACUUGCAAAAAGAUGAAAUUAUAAAUGGUAUCAAGGCAGAAGACAUUAAACAAGAGUCUGUCACUCAGCGUGUCUCUUCAGGUGAAGUGUUAACUGGAACAGGCUUCACGAAAAGUAGACCUCACUUCCUCCAGCAUCCGGUGAAGAGAGAAUAUUGUGAUUAUAAUGGGAAGAGAACUGACAAAGCAUCCUGUUCAACGCAUCAUGGAAAAGAUUUACAAGAGAGUGCCACCUUCUCCACAUCCUCAUUUCCUCAGCCAUCUCUUCACUGCAAACUACAGCAAAAUGAAAACUUAACAUCAGGCUCGGACAUUUUGUUAUUGACCUCAUUGCCAUAUAGUUCUUUGCCUGUUGUGAAAAUAAUAAGUGUAGAUGCAAUUAACACCCAACAACAGGCUCAUGAUACAAAUUCAGCAGCUUCUAAAACUAACCAUAUGUGGAGUCUUAUAAGACAGAAGCAAUAUGUCUGUUCUGAGUGUGGAAAACAGUUCUCCUGCAAUACCACUCUUAAGAGGCACAAAAGAAUUCACACCGGAGAGAAGCCAUAUUGCUGCUCUGAAUGUGGAAAACAAUUCUUUCAAGUAGGACAUCUUCAGGCCCACAGCAGAAUUCAUACGGGUGAGAAACCAUAUUGCUGUUCUGAAUGUGGCAAAAAGUUCUCUAAGAAGAAUGGCCUUCAGAUCCACCUAAGAACUCACACUGGAGAGAAGCCAUAUUCCUGUCCUGAAUGUGGCAAGCAAUUCAUCACCAGUACUAGGCUUCAGAUUCACAGAAGAAUUCACACUGGAGAGAAGCCAUAUUGCUGCUCUUAUUGUAGGAAACGAUUCUCAGACAAGCGUGUACUUCAGUUACACACAAGAACUCACACAGGAGAGAAGCCAUAUUGCUGUUCUGAAUGUGGAAAACAAUUCUCACAAAUAGUCCAUCUUCAGUCUCACACAAGAAUUCAUACUGGGGAGAAGCCAUAUUACUGUUCUGAAUGUGGCAAACGAUUCUCUGACAGACGCGGAAUUCGGUUACAUACAAAAGUUCACUCAGGAGGAAAUUCGUAUUGCUAUUCUGAUUGUGGGAAAUAAUUCACCACUAGUAGCAGUUUUUAGACUCACACAAGAAUCUACAUUGGGAAUGACACCUCUUAACUAAUGAUUAAGAUUCACUCCUGUCUAGACUGUGCAAAAAAUAUCUAGAGAAAUUCACCCUGAUAAAACAAUGUGGCUGUUCUGAUUGUGGGAAAACAUUCUCUAACAAAUACUGUCUUCAGGUUCAAGAUUACAAUGAAGAGAAGAAAUAAAACAAGACAAAAGAAAAGUGUGACAGGCUUAUCAACUAUUUACAACCUGUGAGUGGAUCCCAACAUCUGGAAAUUGCAUGGGCCUGAUUGCAAUAAACAAUGUGCACAGAUCAACAGGCAUCGGACCUCAAACGUAUCUGACAUUGUCUUCAGAUCAACAGAAAGGGUUUAGCCAUGAAAGUCAAAAAAGUCUCCAUUGUAACACCUUUUUAUUUAACGUUGACACCGGUUGCACGGCUAGAGCUAGUACAGUGUAUUAGUUUUGAGAAAACAAGCCAUGCCAGCCCACCAGCAAGGGCUUGGUGUAAGAAUUGAUUUGAGUGAAAAACAGACUGGCAACUUCAAGGUCUAAAAAGCAAAAGUUAAGGUCUGAUGUUUUGUCAGUUCAAAUGGACAGUUUAGAAAUAAAAGUGUUUUGCUGAGCUGGGACAUUAAGGAUUUUUAACAGGGGACCAGGGCACCAGAUGCAAAGCCGCAAGGGUUAGGAUCCUGGGCUACAGUUUCAGUGCCGCUGUGCCAUAAGAUGUGUCUUGACCAAGGCUUUCUGCUCUGAUAUUGUCAUGAAGUAUCUAAUGCAAUAAUAAGUAAAUAAUGAAGUAAUUAAACAAUAAACCUUAACAGUAAAGUAAAUUAAGGACCAACAAUACACUUAUAAUAGUAACACCACUAAGAAAAUAUAUGUAUUUAACAUAUGUUAUAAAUGAAGGAUAUGUAAAAAGGGUGUUCUAAAGAUGGCUACAGAGUUACAGCAAAAAUGAAUGCCUUUCAAAGGUUAUUAAAAAGAUAAAAGUUUUCACACACUUGUUCAGGAUUUGGUUACAGAAAGGCCGGAGAAUAACUGGAUGACUGGAAGUCUGGAUGAUGGAACAGAAGGAAAGAACCUCCGUGAUGGGGUUGCUGGACUGUAAGACCUUUCUUUGGUGUUUCUUCAUGGCCUGCACUUUUAAUUGUGCAACAGAAGCAGCUAUCUAUAUAUUAGAGAGAAAAGAGGUUGGGCUAUUGCUUGCUAUAUUUUAUUUAUAUAAUCUGCUUUUGAUGUGACAGGUUUUAUGCUUAAAUAAGAUAAAACUUUUUUAAACUAGUUUGCUGAUCUCAGGUGUGGGUUGGUAAGCCAAAAUGUUUUCAUUAAAGGAUAAAGCAAGAACUGCAAGACAACAGGGGCUUUAGGCCUGCUGCAGGUAGCCCCAUCACUAGACGGCCCGGUGGUCCGGGACUGUGUGCUGAACCUUAAGUGCAUUGAGGUCUCCUGAUGUCUCAUUUCAGCGAGAAAGGCAUUUCAUUUCCUAAGAUAUUAGUUUGCUAGUGGCACUUUUUGUGAUCACUUAUUUAUUGAAUACUUCCAAAUAGUGAAUUAAACAAAAUCAUACAGAACAUUUAUAAUAUAAUCCAUACUAUCAUGGAUGAGCAGACAUCCAGGAGUUAAAGACCUAAACAGUGGAAGACCAACUCUCAGUGGUUUUCAUGGAAAUUUUGUUUAUAUGAGAUGCAGAUAACUCCAUAUGUAAUAAUUUGAAAUUUACAUUGUAACAGCCAACCCCUUACCCAGACUGGCCACUACACUACCAAGACUAUUCCUUGGAUAACCGGAGGCUUCUUAAACUAGUAAGCAAGCCAUACUCCUUACAAGUUGUACUUUUUCACCCCAUGAAGAAAUAACCAGUAAACAGUAGACAGGAAUGUAAAAUCAAACACGAAUAUAUUGUAAAUGAAAAAAGACAAAUAUUCAAUAUUGCAAAUAUGUGCACAAAGAAAACACCACUAUCCCAAUGACACCAGUGAGUAAUUAUAUAAAACACGAAUAUACAUCUAUUUACAAAGAACCCUCCCUUGCCCCAAACACUAAAUAGGAACACAAACACAGAUUAGUUAUACACGGCAGUUGAAAUGUGGUGAUAAAUGAGUCCAAAAUAAAGUCCGGCGGUAUUAAUACUGGCUGUGGUGUUAUUGGGCUCCUUCCCGAAAACAAAACGACCUCACUGUGAAAGUCCUGACAAUGGCUGGUAUGAAUCCGAACCCUGGGGUUUCUCGGCACUGGCUGUCGUGAUCAGUGGAAUGAUGCAAUAAACGGCAGUGAUGAGUUGGUAAUUGAACUGGUAAAUUUAUUUAUUUAUUUAUUUAUCCAUCCUCCCUCUCUCUCUCUCUCUCUCUCUUUAGCCUUUCGCUCCUCUAUUGUAAAUACAGAAUGUCCCGGAUGUAUCUGGUGAGUUUAACAGGGAAUCUCCGUCUCAGGGCUGCGGUCUCUCCCCCAUCAUCUUUCCCCUUUUCACUUACGGGGACAACAUUUACUGAUGCACAUAUAAUGGACAGUAAACGGGACGAUGAAAACAAAACGCAACUCAACACAAACAUAAAACAAAUACUUAUUAUGCAGCCCCGCUACAACAUGACCAGUUAUCAUUGGGAGACUUCAAACGCGAACCAAAAAGACAUUUAGCAGCAAGACUGUUUAAACAGAUAAAGUUCUGCUGGUAAAGGGGUGAGAUGCAGGGAGGACAGAUGUAAAAGGAUUCGAGUUUCAGAUCAUUUUGGAAUAAGCCUGCCAAAUUUCAGCCU